GAUUAUUUAAAGGCCAUCAUAAGGCAAAAUCCCUGAGUUGACUGCUUCGGCCACAGGAUGAGGAGGCUUAGAUGUUCUUGGAGCUGCGUGAAACCCCUAAUCAUCAUCCUCACGCCACUGUCAUUGCUACCGCUACCAUUGGUCAUCAAGACAAAGGAAGCAGAAUGUGCAUACAUCCUGAUAUUAAUGGCUGUGUUCUGGAUGACAGAGGUCUUGCCUUUGUCUAUAACGGCACUACUCCCUGCACUACUUUUCCCUCUGUUUGGAAUCAUGAAGUCCUCUCAGGUUGCAUCUGUGUAUUUCAAAGACUUCCAUUUGUUGCUGCUUGGAGUCAUCUGUCUUGCAACAGCCAUUGAGAAGUGGGGUCUUCACCGCAGAAUUGCUCUCAAAUUGGUUACUGCGAUUGGAGUCAACCCUGGCAUGUUAAUGUUGGGGUUCAUGGUUGGCUGUGCUUUCCUGUCCAUGUGGUUGAGUAACACUUCAACUGUGGCUAUGGUGAUGCCAAUUGUCGAAGCUGUGAUACAGCAGGUAUUGGAUGCAGGAGAAGAGUCCAGCAAAGACCACAAGGGGGCGUUAAAUGGCAUUGCCAACCCUGCUCUUCAGCUUGAAGAUAUUGAGGCCCAAUAUGAGAAAACUGAAAAGAUAAAAAGCAUAGAAGCAGGCAUUGUGGAGCCAGUCCAAACAGUCCAGACUGAAGCUCCAGAGGAACCUGAAACUGUUAAGGCACCAGCUCCACAGUCACAUGGAAAGUACAGGACCCGUGAAGAUCACAUGAUGUGCAAAGGCUUGUCACUUUGCAUUGCCUACUCUUCAUCCAUUGGAGGGCUGACCACCCUACCAGGGACCUCAGCAAACCUAAUCUUUGCUGAAUAUAUCCAUCAGUACUACCCAGAAUGCAAGAUUGUUAAUUUUGGGAACUGGUUUGUGCUUUGUCUUCCCAUCUGCAUAAUUAUGCUGGUUUUGUCAUGGAUAUUCCUACACUGGAUGUUCCUUGGAACCAACUUUCGUGCCAGUCUGUGCUCCAGUGUACGGUCGGAGAAGGAAAAAAACACUGCCAGAUUGCUGAAGAAUCAGUACAAGUCACUGGGGCCCAUAAGACCCCAGGAGAUUAUCAUCUUGGUUAUCUUCAUUCUGAUGGCCAUUUUAUGGUUUGUGCGAGAGCCAGGUUUCAUGCCAGGGUGGUCAUCACUGUUCGCAGAUUACCGAGGCUACGCUACGGAUGCCACUGUAGCACUGUUGAUGGGUUUGAUGUUCUUCAUCAUCCCCUCACACAAACCAAAUGCAGAUCGCUACGAGCCCUUGAUUACAUGGAAGGAAUUUCAGGCCUGCAUGCCAUGGGAGAUCUGUCUUCUCGUGGGUGGGGGUUUUGCUCUGGCUGAAGGCACAAAGAUUUCUGGUUUAUCAUCUUGGGUCGCUGAUUUGCUGACCCCUUUGGGAAAUCUCCCUCCUUUAGCCACCGUCACCAUCGCCUGCCUUAUUGUCACCUCUAUCACAGAGGUGGCCAGCAAUGCAGCCACAAUCACAAUCUUUAUGCCUAUAUUGGCCCCCUUGGCCGAGGCAAUCGGAGUGAACCCUCUGUACAUGCUGAUUCCCACAGCCCUCUGUGUUUCUUUUUCCUUCCUGCUUCCAGUUUCUAAUCCUCCUAAUGCCAUUGUCUUCACUUAUGGCCAUCUUUCAAGCAUGGAUAUGGUGAAGGCAGGGCUGGGUGUUAACGUUAUAGGUGUUCUUACAGUCUUAUUAGCUCUCACAACAUGGGGAAUACCUCUACUUAACCUGGACACCUACCCAGACUGGGCACCAGUGGCAAACAUCACUGGAGUAUGACCUUCAUUUUAAAUAUGUUAGAAAUAUGACAAUUUAUUACUUAGUUUAAAAUCACAUGGAAUCCCUUGCUGUCAGCUGAAUAGUUGACAGAGCAGUGCAGUCUUAUGGAAUGCUGUCGGUUGACAUCCUGGACUUCCUGCAAAGAGGUAUGGCCAGCUUGCCUCAAACAGUACGCUGUAAGGAGCUCCAGGAGAUGUUCUGUCUGAACAUCACUGUUUGUUUUUGUAUUUUAAAAACUUUUGUAAGAGUCUUUGAGAUAAUUGCCUUAAGGACACAUCGAGUCCAUUGGUUCUGUCAAAAUGCACAAAAUGCUAACAUAGCACUUAACUUUUAAUAUUAUUGUCUAUUUUUGUUAUACUGUAGCAUGUGUGUGUGUGUGUGUAUAUAUAUAUAUAUAUAUAUAUAUAUAUAUAUAUAUAUAUAUAUAUAUAUAUAUAUUAUACAUAAGUGAAUUGUAUGAGUAGAAGAAUACUGAGAUUGCAUUGUAAAAAAAGGAGACCAAAAGAGUUAAUAGCAGAUUACAUUUUCAUUAAAUUUUCAAGUGUUAAUUUACACCUUUAGACUCAGCACAGUCUUUUGCAUACAAAACUCCAUCUAGUGGUCAGCAAAUAAUUGCAAUUGGGCCUCUUGCAUAAUAUAGGCAAUACAUGCUUUUGCUACUCCUUAGUUGGUUUCAGGGGCAUUAGUCAGAGUAUUACAUACUUUGAGAUUAGACAAUUGGAUUUUAGCAUGAAAGAUAUGUAUUAUUUUUAUUUAUUAUAUUUAUUGUGUUUGUUUGUUUCAUAUUUUCCCCAAAGAAUGCCUUACUUAACUGCCUUUAAUAUUCACCUGACAGAAGAUGUCUGCAUCUAUGAUUGGAAACUUAAUAUUAAUUUUGGCAUGCAUUGUUGUGAAAUGAUUCUUUUGAGAUAUUACUUUGUAACUUUUCAUUGUCCCUGCCCCCACCCCUACCUCCUAAGAGAAUGUAUAUUAGUCUGUCUUUGUGUAGUUACAAUAUCUCUUGGAGUUAACUAUUUGUCUUAUUGACUUGAAGCUACAAUACAAGGAUAAGUCGGUAUGCACUGAAUAUGUGUUUCAUCAUUUUUGCCAAAAAACAUUUAAAUGAUUUAUUGAAACUAUUCAUAGCCAUCAUGUGCUGGCAGAAGUUUGUGCUGAUUUAAAUAAACAAUAGUUCUGCCAUGUA